CAAACCCUUCCUUUACCUCUUUUCUCCUCCGACCGACGCCCGACGGCGAUGAUCACUCUUGUUGGUUGGCGCCGGCGCCAAUUACUGCGCCUAAAGACGAAAGAUGGAGAUGGAAGAGGAGAUCGUCGCCGGCUUUGAGGAUUGUGAAGGACUGGAAUUGGAAGAGUCUUUCUGGAGAGGCAGAAAUGUAGCGUAUCGAUCGAAUGGAACGAUUUCAGACUGCAGAGCGGAGUUGUGCCAGAAUUCUCCGUUGCAUCAUGCUUUGCAGAAAACGUCGGAGAUAUUUUGAUGAGGGGGGGAAACUCAGAGAAUUGGGCAAGCCACCGUCAUUCUUUGAAGAAGAAGCUGAGUUUGCCUGUGUUAAACAGGUACUCGGCCGCGGGAAUACGAUGACCUAGGUCUUUGGGGAAACGCCCCCUGGUUCAAGUUUCUAAGGCAAAAGUGUGAACUCAGGAAUUAGAUCUUCAAAGGUCGGCCAAGAAAAUGCAAAAGGCUACGCCAGUGGCUGCCUAGGAACGAGGCAAAUCUAUAGUUGUAAAUGAUGUUCUCAAUUCGCCCACUGCCUAGAACCACUGCAGAAGAUGGCCAGUUGCAGAAUUGAGCCAGAGCUGGAAUAUCAGUGAAGAUGCUCUCAGAUUUCAAGAUAGGAACAAGGACAAUAAGCUUUUUACCGUGUCACUCGCCCCGCUACAAAGAGCUAAGAAGCUGCAACUGUCGAGCUUUCUUCUUCAACAAUGGAUGCUUCGGUUUCAUGGCUCGGCUCACGAUUCGUCAGAAUACUACUUCAGGAAGACAUUGAUCAAGACAAGAACAUGCUGGUUAGAGAUGAUAAAGCAAGGGUUUGGUUUAAGAAGGGAUGGGAACAGUUCUCGCGACACUACUGUUUCAAACACGGCGACUUUCUGGUCUUCGAGCGUCAGGGCACAUCCCGUUUCCUUGUUCUUGUAUUUGAACGAUCUGCAGCAGAGAUUGACUACUCAAAGUCCCCAGUUGACUGCUCCUGCCCAGAAGAACUAGCUCCUGCUGUUGGAAGGAUGAAGAUGGGGGAUCCCAAAGGCAAAGCUCCUGCUGCUGCAGUAGGUUUCACAGACAAUGCUGAAACCCAGUUGAGACCUUCAUCCUCCAACCUUCCAAAUGAUUUUGGCAUUUCAGCUGCUGCCCCAAACUUUCCCACAGAGCAGCCCUUUUUCAGUAAAGUGAUCACAGCGCGUUACUGUUCUAGCGGUGGCCCGAGGUUUCCGCUGGAAUUUGUCCGCAAGCACAUCACCAGAUCAAGCGUGGAGUGGCUGCAGCUUAGAGUUGGUGACAGCAUAUGGGCGGUGAAGCUGUUGGUCUAUGACCAACACGGUUACAGCACACCAUGCCGAGGUUGGAUUAAGUUUGCCACUGAUAACUUGCUGAACAAAGGAGACAUCUGCACGUUUGAAGUCACCACCACACCGCAGACACUCAACGUCCACAUCCAGAGACAUCCAAGCUAACCUCUUCCCCCCCUGUUUUAGUUAAUGCAAUAGAGAAUGUGGCGAGCUAGGAUUGAUGAUGGUAGUAAACAGAGCAGGAUAACAGGAAAAGGAAAUAUGAGAAUCACGCCGUAGUUGGUACGUGUUAAAUUUGUCCUUUCUUGGUGCUUGUUUGAUUAGUUUACGAACCCAGAUAGAACAGAGAACUCUGCCCUCAAAUCCCCAAUUGCAAUUCGAUUUACAUGCCAUCAAAAGAGUUCCAACUUUAUUUCCACUAUAUUCUAUUUCACAUGAAAAGCUUUUUACUUUAUCAGACAUUGUAAUACACUCUUACAGCUCCAAGCAAUCUCUCUGAAACCUCUGGCCCAAACAGUCUGGGAAAGUUCGAACCCAGAUCAAUCUCGAUCGUUUUGCUCUUGAUCAAACCAUCCCUCUUCUUCAAACACGUCAAUUCGUCCUCCCCUAAUUCCCUCUUCUCCAUCGCACAUUUCUCCAACCAGAUACCCACGACUUCCUUCGCCACAGGAUGCACACACUCCUUCACAAUCUCCUCCACCCGACCAGCCUGCUCGCCGCCGUCGAUCCUGACGAUGAUCGCCGUGGGGGAGAGGAUGCUCCGGAGGUAUAGCGACGAGGAGAAGUAAGGACGGACUUCAGGGAGCUUCUCCAGAACUUGCCUGUGGGAGUCCAACUUCGUCUCCUCGUAGAAUUCUUGAAGGUACUCGGGAUGAAAAACAGGAUCUUUUCGAGGCGGCAAAUCGAGGAUGAAAAUCAGCGAAUCCGGGCUGCUCUGAAUCAGCUCUAUCAACAAAUUGGGCGCGUCGGUGGACGUGUUUAGGUACGCUGAGAGGCUCGUUAUGUUGAGCGAUCCAUUGCCUGUGGGUAGCUUGCAGUGAAGCCAGCUACCAAGUAUGAAAUCCACCGGGGAGGAAUUGUGGCCGGAGCGGAUGUGGAGGGAGGCGUGGGCGGUGCCGGGAUCGUUGCGGCAGUACUGGACGUCCGGCGGGAGAGCUGGAGGGAGGAGGUGAGAGGCGAGGCGAUUCUCGACGGUGGAGACGAGAUCGACCAUGGCGUCUCUGAUGGGACCAGCGGCGAAGGGGAAGUCCAUGAAUUUGCGGCGGCCGCCGUCGUCGGACAUUUGUGAGGAUGGUGAAGAGAGAGCGGCGAGGGAGGUGGUUUUCGUCGCCGGGAUGAGAGGGAAAAGAGGUGAGAAGAGGGAGAGGUUUGGAAGGGAAUGGAGAGGAGGAGGGAGCGGUGACGGUGAAGAAAGAGGUGGCGGUGGUGGUGAUUCUGACAGCCAUUAAUCAGUUUCUGGCCACAAACCGAGCUCUUCUCUCACUGAUUUUUGUUCUAUUACGUUUGCUGGUAUUGUCUGUUUUCACUUUCUUUCAUCUCCGGUGUCCCCACGAAUUUGCUCUGCUUGGGGUUGCUUAAUGGGCUUGACUUGUCUGCUCGCCGGAGCUUGCGGCGACGUCGUUCCAUGAGGUGUCAGAUUCGAAACUCACAAGUGUUCAGGUAGAGGUAAAGUGUGUGCAACGGUGAGGUCCGAACCAAACUCUUACCAGUGAGAAACUGAGAAUCGCGUCCAGUAGUUAGGACGAAGGACUAGAUUAUUAUUGGAUUCGGUCCGAUUUG